UGUAAUGUUUAAGCACCAAUAACCCUAAUUAACAAAGCAAAAUACUUGCAUUUCCAACUGAGCUUUGUUAAUUACCAAAAAUGGCCUACUCUAAGACGACCCUCCUUCUCGGCCUCCUCCUCGCUCUUCUUUUCGUCUCCUCUCAUGUCUCUGCACGUCUACUCGCGGAAAAGAAAGGUUCUGUAGAGGGUGAUGAUCAUCACCAUGACCAUGAUCACGACCAUGGACACCAUGACCACGACCACGAUCAUGGGCACCAUGACCACGACCACGACCACCAUGGUGGCCAUCACCAUGAUGCAGACAUUGAUAGCUUGGAUGAUCACCAUGGACACCACGGCGGAGGACACGGUGGACACCACGGCGGUGGACACGGCCAUGAUGCUGACAUUGAUAGCUUGGAUGAUCAUCAUGGACACCACGACCAUGGACACCACGACCACGAUUCUAAAACCGAUGGCGUUAAGAAUUAGACCUAAAACCAGCACCCCUGUCUACUGCGCAUGGUUGGUAAUAAUAAGAGUAGUGUAACGAAAUGAAAUAAAAAGUAUGUUUUGUGUGUGUUUAUUAAUUUAAAUAAAGCAAAGAUAUGUUGUUGUAUGAAAUGCUAAACUUUCAUGCUUUGUUUGGUUUGUAGUAAUUUCUGAUCCUUGUGGAUUAUAUAUAUAUGGAAUAUUUAAGACUAUAAAAAGUAA